GUAACGAAAAAUGUCGUCGUCUUAACUUAAUUAGUCCUUGGGCAGUCGUAAACGACCAAUAACGAUUUUUCCUUCAUUUUAGGUGCUUCCUAAAACAGAGGACUCGCUCUUGUCUACAACCAGGCGCAUUCUCCUCCUGGUUUUUAACCAAUAUUCGCAUUACAUAGCAACAUUCAUUGCAAGGAUUAGCUUAUUGAUUGCAUGGUGGCUUAUUGUCAUAAGAGUAGUGCAAGAAUGGAGGGAACUGUGUUCGCCGUGACCUUGGAAGAACUUAGACAAGUCAAGUCUGAAGGGGGAGAAAUACUUACAAAGCCUUUCUUGGAUGUUUUCAGACACAUGUUACCCGUGGUAGAUAAAUUUGGACCUUCGAUGGUACUCGUAAAAUCUGAUGUUUUGGGCAAUAUAUCUACAUUAGAGUCCAAGUAUAAGUCCAAUCCAUCAGAAUUCAAUGACUUGUACAAUAUGGUAAGGUUAGAGCUUGAAGCUAAAAAACAGAAGUCUUCUUCCAGUUGCACCACUGCUCUUCUCUGGUUAACCAGGGGCAUGGAUUUCUUGUUGGAAUUGUUCCGCAACUUACUGGAGCAUGCUGAUUGGACCAUGUCACAAGCUUGCACCUCUGCCUACAAGAAAACACUGAAAAAAUGGCACGGUUUUCUAGAAAGAUCAAGCUUCAGUGUUGCCCUGAAGGUUAUUCCAGACAGGAAGAAGUUCAUGGACAUAAUUGGGGGCACUGGUGAUAUUAAUUCUGAUAUAGAACAACUGUGCACAAACUUUGCUCCAUUGCUUGAAGAGAACCACAGAUUUUUGGCUAGUAUCGGGAUGGACGAUUGGAAAUUUUAAUGCUGGGCUGUUGAUAAUUAGUUUUACCUUAAAAUUUUACUUAAUUGUUGUACAAUGUGAUAUCUUUGUUGUGUUCAAUAUUACCAAUUAUUACUUCUUAGACAUGGCAAUGUAUUGGGAAUAGCUAUUUGAGAUUUUCUAAUAUAAAAGAACAUCUCCCCUGCGUACGAUGAA